AUGUAGCUGAACCAUCGGACCUUAUUUGUCAGCUUGGAUCACGUGAUCCAUCCAGCUGCCGCGUGCGGCAAACAGCCCAAAUAGCGCUAACUCUGGCCUGCGAGCGUUUGCUGCGACUAGCGCGCUAGCGCUCGUGACAUACACAAACGCGCUAGCCAGAAUGCUUUGACUUUGAUGGCUUUCAGCUUCUAUUUUUUGAAAAGUAGCGCGCUCAGACCAGCUCGCUCACUCUUUUCCUCUUCCAUUUUUUAGGGCAAUUGUUUUGUUUGAUAGACGAAGCUUAGGGUCUCUUUGGGUUUGCAACCCUUACCCUCCUGGAAAAAAUCAUAGUUGUGCUAGACUGCGACACUUCAGACCAGGUACUAUUAGAGCCGCUAAUGGACGACGAGCUAUUUUCCGCUAUCCGGAGCUCAAGCAUUUGAGCCGCUAAAUGGACGAGACUCCUGGGGUAAAGGAUGCAGAGAAUGAGGAGAAAACACUCGUAUGGAGCAGGGAGUAGGUAUUGUACUACUUCCUGGUAUGGAGCACUGAGAAGCGCAAUGUGCAACAGAAAUUACCAUGGUGAUACAGUAGAUUACCGUGUGAAGCGGUGUGAGAUGCAGCAAAGCAUUAGGCGAUUUGAUCGCAGGACAAGAGAGGAGCUGAUGGACGAUCUCUCCAGUGUCCCUCUUGGUUCGGAGCAGCGCCGAGUGCUGACGUUGGGACUUGGAUCCAAGGGACUGCCAUGGGUUCGCCUGCAGCAGUGGUCUAUGCCGACAUUGUUAUGCUGUAUUUGGAGAAGCAGUACGUUUUGCCGAUCUUAGAGGGGGAGGGUUUAGAGGUUCAGGUUUAUAGACGCUUUAUCAUUGCAUGGUUGCGAAGGUCAAGCUCAGCGCACUUUAGAUAGGAUUAAUAAGUGUUCGGCCCUCAAGUUUUCUCAUGAACUGGCACAUGAUGGCAUUGAUUUCCUGGACACCACAGUUUUCCGUAGUAAGGGAUACAUGGCGGUGAAGCCUCAUUUCAAGUUCGCCAAUCGUUUCCUGUAUCUGCUUGUCGGUAGUAACCACCCCUGUAGUAUGGGCAAAGGUGUGUUCACUGGGGAGUUGAUCCGUAUCCGUCGGUCUUCGACCCUUGACCACCACUACGAAGCUGCUGCCGAGCGGCCGAAGCAGGCUUUCCGGGCCCGUGUAUACAAGCGCCCCAUCUUUCAUCUUUCAGACCCGUACACUAGGAAUGGAUGCGCAGGGAAGAGUUCUAGCAUCCGUAGCUGCCUCAGGGGGUGCCACUUCUCCCAUCAGCGUCGACUAGUCCGCCGAUCUCACUCAGCUCUGCUCUCCGAGCAUGCUGCUUCCAACACGACUUCCCGAAAGAAAAUGUGCUCGCGCAUUAGAAGGAGGUGAAAGAUGCACCUGCAGGAGAAUACAUGCUUAAGAGAAGGCAGAAACAUGCCCGGAUCCACCAGAACUAGUGCUGGCAAGUCAACAGAGGCGAGUACUGAUAAUGUUCCAGAUUGUGGUAGGAUCACAUAAGCAAAAUUGACACUGGGAGGCACGGCGGUGGGUCAGCUCAUGGCCAGCGCCAGCUCCAGUGGAUAUCACGUGCAUCCAGUUCUAGUAGGGAUAUCAGCGAACGCACUGCGCAGCCCAUCUGCGCAGGUCAGCCUGGCCCAUCUACGCGCGGCCGACAAGAAAACUCAUGAACACUUUCAUUUUUUUGCAAAAUAAAUCGUGCGAAGAAGAUGCACGGAAUGGCUGAAAACUAGGCUGAGGAAUAGUAGCAUCCAGAGACUCUCAAACAAAUUCAUGGUCCAUCGCUUCUGACAAUGGCAGCGAAGACAUCAGGGAGCUGAUUGCAGCAACUCUCUACCAAGCGCGAUGCUGGUUACUCACCAGGGCAGGGCGCUUCCAUCGCGCAAGAAAUGGCCGCGAGCGAGAAAUGGAAGUCCGAUUUUGGAACGAUCCAACCAGGGAAAUUCCUUGAAAAUUGGCCUGAACACCUCUCAUACUGGUGUUUCACGAUGUGCAAACUUUCAGAGAAAUCGACCGGGGAGAACGUGGUGAGUACGUGGGUCCUCGAGUAUCGCGUAUGAUUUGAAUGGUCGCGGGGACAGAAGAACAGUAAUUUUACGACUCCCAGCGGUGCAAGCAGACCGCGGCCAUGUUUUCUCUGUCGGCCGCGAUCACGUUCAAAAAAUCGAUGACGCAAUGCAUGCGCAGAGGCCUGCGCAGUGCGUUCGCUGACAUCCCUAGUUCUAGUACUAUAGUAUGACUGCUACAAAGUAGUGCGGCCCAAAUAGAACUCGGGUCAGGUGCCGAAGAACUGGGGGGUGGGGGGGCAUGUAUCAAUGAAUGGUAAUAACUCCGGAAAUCAUGCUGGUGUAUCGAGGGCGUGGGCCAAUGAAGUGCUGGAUUGAUGGUGGACGACUGAACUGCAAUCUUGGCUGGUCCCACUAUCGCAGAGACAGCACUUCCUGGUGCAACCACCCUAUCCUGCAAUCUAUAUAAUAAUUGUUAUAAGAGAUUUGUGUGAACGAUUUUAGCAUGAUGCAAGUCAGCUUAUUGUGCUGGGGGCCUGGCUACAUGUCACUAUAGCUUUUUAUAGACUCGAUCACCGCAUUACGCUGCCUUGCGUUGACUUGAUUGAGCACUCUUUUUGGUUAGUGUCAAAGGUAUAUGUAAUAUGUAUCUGCCUUCGUGCAAAGCUCUCUUUGUGCGUGUCUUGCAGAUAGCUCGCUGACUUUGAUGCUUUGAGCCAUUUUCAAAUUGCUUUUUUUGUUCAUUUCAUAUAGACCGUAUUGCCAUUUGUUUAACCUCCCG